CGUAACCCUGUGCGAGGAGCAGCGUGAGCUCCCACUGGCCGGCAGGGUGGUCAGACGCGGGGGGACACGCCCCAGCACGGCGUGGCGCGGCUCUUCCACGUCGCAGCUCGCCGCGGCCCCCGACGGGAGGAGGCGGCGUGUGUGUGUGCGAGCAAAGGCCGGGGAAAACAUGGCGGCGCCCGUCUUGAGAGUGUCCACCCCACGGUGGGAGAGAAUAGCCCGGCUCCUCGUCUGCCUUUUAGGGAUCCUGCUGUCCUUGUACGCGUUUCACGUGGAAAGCGAAAAGUCCAGGGAUGCGAAUUAUCGGGCCAUGUGCGACCUGAGCAGUUCGAUAAGCUGCUCCAAAGUCUUCACCUCCAGAUGGGGUCGAGGAUUCGGAUUGUUGGGAUCCAUCUUUGGUAACAACAGUGCAAUAAACCAGCCAAACAGUGUCUACGGACUUUUCUUUUAUGUCUUUCAGCUGUUAUUGGGUAUGACGGUGAGCGCGAUGGCCGCCCUGAUCCUCAUGACCACGUCCAUCGUGUCAGUGAUGGGCUCGCUUUACCUGGCCUACAUCCUCUACUUCGUCCUGAAAGACUUCUGCAUCAUCUGCGUCACCACAUAUGCACUGAACUUCAUUCUGCUCGUCCUCAACUACAAGCGACUGGUGUACUUGAAUGAGGCCUGGAAGCAGCAGCUCCACGCCAAGCAGGACUAAAAACAACAAAAGAAGUGAAAAAGGAUAAAAAAAAUAAAUAAAAAGGAAAAAAAAACAAGGAUAAGUGAAACAAAGAAAGAAAUGUGACCUCUGAACGUUUUGACUUGCCACCAGGAGACCUUGCUUCCAAACAAAUGUUUAUUCUGCCGUAUAUGUCACAAUAAAAUACAGAAACAAAACAAAGAAAAAAAAUACACGACCUGAAGAAAGUUUGAAAUCCUAGGGGCCACAGUUCAUUUGCAUUGACAAAGGAAGGAUUUGAAGCAGGAAAAAAAAGUUGUCCUUUUUUUUUUCUUUUUCUUUUCUUUUUUCCUUUUUAAGUUUUCUUUGUUCUGUGAUUCUCCCCUUGUGAGAGACGGGGCUGAAAAAAGAGGAGUCAGAAGAAACAUCACGAACGCACUUGCAGAAUAAAAUCGACUAUGAAUGCAGGCAGAGCAGGGGAAAAAAGGAGCAUUUCCUGUGGAGAGAAAUGGCGGGAAAAAAGUGGGGGGAAAGGAACGUGUAAGAAAACGCGUAGGACUUUCAAAUGGUGCUUACUUGAAUCCAGCGGGAAAGUUCCUGUAGACCCGAGCUGUACAUUGAACUGAAUUAUGGGCUUGAAUAUGAGUGCAUGAUCAUGAGGUUUAUGUACGGUUCACAGAAAUAAUUCCAUUAAAACACAUAAAAAGGGUAAACACAGUUUAAAAAAAAGACAAUAAAUUGUAAUUUUUUUAUGUUUACAGUAUGUUUUUUUUUUUUGCUUUCUUUUUUCAAAAGAGGACCACUAAUUUUAAAAACAUGGGAGAAUGUGAUGCAUCUCUAUGUAGACCAGAUUCGCUAGAUUUACUUUUCUUUCUUUGUUUUACAGUUUUCUAGCUAGUGUUCAAGUUUCCAGACUAGUAUGUGCAUUUGGCAUCAACGAAAGAAGAAAGAGAGGACAAAGUACAGCAGCAAAACUUAGGAUGAGAAUGAACAAAAGACAAGUAAUUUGUUUUAUGAAUAAGAACAGCUUUUUCAUCUCGUGUUGUAAAUCUGCACCAACCACCGAAAGUUAACUUUAUUUUUUCUUCUUUAAUGCUAUUGGGGAUGGAUUCAUAGGCAUGCAAGACUGCUCCAACACUGUUAUUUUAUUUUUAAUUUAAAUGUUUAAAAAUAUUGUUAUUUUUUGUUCUUGAAAAUCCUUCUUAGUCUCGGGUCAGGUGUUGUCUUUUGAGAAAAUUGUCCACCCCACGUUAACGAUAAAGCUAACUGUAUGCUACUGUAGCGCUGGAUGUCCACCCUGCUCCAGACGGCUCAUGGGACAAGCAGCCUCUUCUGUACUCUUUUGUAAAUAACUUCUGUAUGUAAGCAUUCCUGAUCACAGUUACAUUCACUAGAGAAUAAUGUGCCUAAAAUAUGAAUUUUUUUUUCUUUACUCAGACUGUGUUGUUCUUCACUCUGUCCCUCUUUUCUUAAGUAUUAUUGUGUUUUCUAUUUGUUUUUUUUUUCCUCUUUUUAGCAACAAAAAAUUGUCAUUUGUCACUAAACUCUUUUUCUUGCCUGUCACUGGCCCGCUCAGUCCCAUUGUAUAAAAACCCACAUGCUUACAACUAGUUCCCGAGCAGUGCGUUUGUAAAGCAGUUGAGAAUGUUACUAAAUUGUCUCUAAAACCACGUUGCCCACAUUUACAACUGCUGUAUUACUCCUUUACGGUUUUCUAGGGGAUGCUGCUCUCAACAGUCCGUUACACCCCUUACACUACCUGCUGUAUAGUCUUGGAUGUGAAACUACAUUACCCAAAAUUCAGUCACACUCAGACACUACCUCUCAGUAUUUUCCUACAUUGGCUCUCCUGUACAAAGCCCUUAGGCAGAGAAGGCACAUGGACCUCUGUUCCACUGGCCCUUCUUCCUGAUUGGUGAAGGCAGGGUGUCUAUCAACGUGGGUGGUGUGGGUGCAUUAUGUUUGGGAGCAAAGUACAGUGUGUGGUGUCAUUUGUGUCUGUGCGUGUGAUCUUGCUGGUACUGUUUAAAUGAAUGCUUGUUAAAACUUUCUUGUUAAUCUGAUCUCUAAUGGGUGUCACUUUCUGCUGAUCCACCCCCCUUCACCCCCCCCCCCCCUUUCAGCCAUGUCAGGUGUUACACUUGAAGCUCAGGUUUAAAGGAAAUACUCCAGCGGUUUUUAACUUAAUAGCCAUUAGCUGCUUUGUUAGCAUAUGGUUGCUUAAAACCUACAUUUUAUGGUCAAUUCCGAUUCCAGAUUGUUCCCAGCCAAAUUGGCUGAUGGACGUGUUUUGUUUUUUUUUAAUUUAUUUAUACCCAAAGCUCACACUGUACAAUAAAUGAAAAGUUGAAACCCGCUAAGUGUUGGCCCUGUCAUCAGGAGCUCUCAAGUUUGAUCCCUGGUGAUGUCACCGCCAUCCGUAAUUGGGAGUCCAGUUGAACAUAAAUGGUCCCUUGGGUGGGCAGGAUGCAGCCGAUGCAGAACAUGAAACACACUGGCCAAAUUCACAUUACAAAACAUUAUUUGCUCGUUAAUCAGCCGAACUAGUGUUUUAAGUUAAUAAAUGAAAAAUCAGUUGCCUAUUUAACAAGUCAAAUAAAGUGCUACAUCAAAACGAGUCGUAAUUAUGGUACUAGGUCUGGUACGAUCAUAAAAUUUUAGUGGAUGAUUGCCUUGUAAAUUAUUGCAAUUAAACUUGCUGGAGAGCUGUCUUGAUUCCAAGCUGCUGAUACUUGGUGUCCCAGCGGACACAGCUUGAGCUCAAAUAAACAAAGAUUACUGUCCCACGAAGGUGUUUAAUCACCAGUUGAAACCUUUGUUGUUUUUGUAAGACCCUUGUGUCUGAAUACAUGCGUUUUCUUUUUUCCCCCAAAAACCAACUGAUAAACGCGCCCAGUUCACAUUCAGUUUGUUGUGAUGUAAAUAUAUGAUUGUGGAAAAUAACUGCAGUCAGCUCAGACUGUUGCAGUCAGGUGAUUAUGUAAUAAAUGUGACAGGCCUGUAUGCCUGUAAUAUUUUGGUACUGGUGUAGCAGCAGUAUUUAGGUACACUAACCUGCCUCACAGGAUUUUAAUCAUAUAAUUGCAACACUGAUCAGCCAAGAUCAAAAUAAUAAGCUGGCCAGUUACGUUAGAAGCAAAAAAUUGCCAAUCCUUAACGUGCACCUCUAUCACGGACGCUAACUUUGACACAUUUCCCACAAUACCCAUUGAUUUGAAAUGCAGUGUUAAAGCAUAAAGAUACCAAAAUGGGUUCUUUGCACAAAGUAAUAGAAGUCAUCAGUGGCUGGUUCUUCAAAGCAGAUUCUGAUACUGGUCUUCAGUGUCCACCAGAUGGUCCACAUUUUUGCAGAAAGCUCCCAGCACAUAGAGUCGGAGCAAAAAUAUGGACUAUCUCAGAGUCCUUGAGGACCAAAAAAUCACAUGUAAGUGUACGGAAUGUCCACAUAAUGUGUUUUAUAUCAAUGAAAGGGUUUUCCUUGUUGAACCCUUUAGGAACCUGUAUCUGUCAAAUAGCGCAUAAUGUAAGCCAGUGGAAAAGUAGUUAAAUUGUUAUCUAUGGUAAUUUACCAAAUGCUACAGAUGCAGCAAAUUGAGAUUAGGUUUUAAAAUGCUGGAGUGUUCCUUCAAACUAUCAACUUUCCACCACUAUCUUGAGAAGAACAUGCUAGUUUCCACCACUGUAAAGCCAGUUUUCUGUCGGAACAAAUUUAUCAGCCGUGGCAUUACAUGCCGUUGAAGCGUUUUGAGCGGUUGCGUGUAUUGCCUACAUGGCAACAACCCGAGCAAUGGUGUAACACAGAGGCUGUUCAUUACAAAAUGAACAUAAAAACGCUGUUCUUAAUACAGAUCAGCUACGGUCACUGAAUGGGUCAUUAGCUUACUUCAGUAACAGUGGCUCAAGUGUCAGGGAUCUCCUGUGCUAGUCAGUGUAAUGUACUGCUUUUGCAAACAAGAAACAGACACCUAGACUAGCUCUACUGAUAAGAUUUUUGUGAAACAGGUCUGUGAUGGCUUCUGGUUUUCCUGAUCCAUUUAUAUCCAUGGAAAACAGUCUUUAUCAACCCAGCUGCUGGUCAUUUUACCAUCCUAGCAGUUCUUUAGACAUGUACCCAGCUGAGUUACAGGGUUCCAGCUGAGGGUGAAGAAGAUUGUCUACUUGAACCGCGUGUGGUCAACACUGCGCAGUUGCCCAGAGUUGUAUGGUUUGAGUUCACGCAAGCCAAUGCCCAUCUUAUAUUUUAGAGAGCAUUGUUUCAGCCAUUUCUACCUGAAGGGGGUCUGAAGCUCUUCAAAUAUGAACUUCAUCUUUAGUCCUCAGCAUCUAUACCCAUUUCUCAUGAUGUGAACACCCCAAAAAAGGAAGGAAAAGAACAAGAUCACAUCAGAUUCAUAUUCCACUUAAAGUGCCUUCUGUUCGUCCAUUGGGCCUUCAGCAGAUCAGACUUAAUGGCACGGCCUCUACUUAUGCAAAGAGAGGCUGCCGUUAUUAGGACGCCUGCCUGCCUUUCUGAGGGCCAGUUAAGAAAGAGAAUGGUGACUCCUUGACAUCUGCAAUGUUAUGCUUCAUUUGGAUGCUGUGGGUCAUUCACCCUACCAUUUAAAACCAUGUACAGUACACCUAUAACCACUGAUCUCCCAAACAUUUUUUUGUACAUUUUUUAAACCCCUCCCUAUCAUUCUUUUGUUUUUGACUUUGUUUAGAAUUAAGCCUAUUUUAAUUCCGCACCAUGUUCAUGAGGCAUGUCCGAGUGGGAGCGCUGAUCUAGGAUAAGCUACCUCUUGUCCGUGUAUUGUAUUUGUUAGGAUGUGAUGAGCUACAACUGAUCCUAGACCAGCGCUUUUAACUUCAAGUUUGAGAAUUGCAACCCUGUGUCUGUGACAGAAUCUGAGAUUGUUAAGAUAUUUUUCUGACCCCUCCCCUUUCUGAUUGUGACUAGUGAGUUCAGCCCUUUUUAAUUUCCUGAUGGGGGCACAUAUGAGCCCUGAUUAGAUGUAUAGACUGUUAACAUUCUAGCUAUUUUAGUAGAGUAAAAAAAAAAAACAACGAAAAUGGAUGUCGAUGGAUGGAUCGGGGGAUUCAAUGCCAGUGUCAGUAAUUCUUUUUGGGGGGUGCAAAAUGGGGUUAUUUUUUUGUGGAGGAAAAAACUGUGUCUAGGUUUGCUUCUGUAUUUGCCAAAUAUACGUUUAAUUAAAAAAGGAAAAAGCUGUAUUUUCUUACAUGGGGAAAAAGUGUUACAAGGAAUGGCACAACACCACAGAAAUACGUCCAGUCAAGUUUUCAUCGUUUAAAAAAAAAUGUCUGGAAACCAGCCGGGGCACAUUUAUCAUCACCGUGAGCAGUACAAACCAUGUCAUUGUUGUGUGGAAUUGGUCUACCAUUAAAACAUUCCCUCAGA